AUGGGUUCAAGACCUGGCCGCUUUCACACCAAAGCGACAAGUUCGACUUUCAAGAGACAUCGUUACCAGCCCUUGGAGACAGAAAAGGACUUUGCAGACAUAAUUUUGGAAAGAAGGCGCAUUACUAGGAGUGUGUCAGACAAAUCUGGCAGUGAGGCCAAACAAUCUGAAGACAGUGAGCCUCUAGAGGUUGUCAAAAAGGCAGAAGCUCAACGAAAAACAGAUUUGAUUGUAGAAAAACUGAAAUCUGCACAUGAGAAAAAGAAAUAUUUAACAAACUUGGAAAAAGAUAGGCUCAGUGUUUUGAAGAGGAAGUCUGGAACUGAUUCUGGGAAUACAUCUGAUGAUGUUAAAAGUAAAGGAAAGACAACUCUGGCUGGACCAGAUAUGUCGUCUGCUUCUGAAAUGGAAGGAGCGUGCAGUGUUGGAAUAUCAGGUUCUGUGACAGACAGUGACAUGGACACAAUCAAAGUGGUGGUAUAUCAGGACAACCUACAGUCAUCAGCUUCAGACAGUGUUUUUAGUAGUCCGGUUAAAUCUGUGAAAUCUCUAGAUCUUCCUCAGGACAAAGACCACAAAGGUAGCACAAAAAGUCCAUUGAAAUAUGUAUCAGGUGUGACAAAUGUUGAAGAAAAGGUGGACAAAGACAAUGUCUCUGUGAAGACAAACUCCCCAAAACAUAAUAGUGCUAAGACAAUUCUGUCAAGACCGGAAUGUGUUUCUUCUGAAUCUGUGAUCUCAAACAGUGCUGAUGUAGAAGAGAAAGAUCAGGAUAAGUGUGCUAAAGACAUUAGGACUGAAUCUGCUCCACAGACAGACUCAAUUCAGUCAACAUCUGUGAAGGAACCAGUCAUUACCCAGUUUCUGCCCACUGCCCCAGACAGCUCAAGGGUGCACACAAGCAGUGAUAUGGAUGGUGUUGUACAUCGACCACCAACAAUGAACUCUAGCAGGGCUGUUGAGGUUGUAGCAACAGAACAGGAAAACUCUGUAAAGGAAAGUAUAUGUGGGUCAGAAUCGUCCAGUAUUGAAAAACCUGAGACAUUGGUCACAUCAGAAACAGGGUUGCACCCAGCCCCAGGUUCAGAUUCUACUCUGCAAGAGGAGGUUACACAAGAGGCAGAGGAGAGGCAACUGUCUCCUGAUACUGCCUCAGUCUCAAAUGAUACAGACAAUGGGCAUCUAGAAAUGAAUGAAAAUGUCCAUAUAGUGAUUGGAAAGGUCGAAGACAAAGGUCAAGCUCCGUCAGCCAUUACUGGUCAGACAUCACCAAAACCUGAAAAGGAUGAAGGACAAAGUGUCAGAAGUAAAAGGUUACUAAGGACAGGUGUAGCCAGCAAGAACAACAUUGAAACCAGCAUUGUCAAAAGUGCUGUAUCCAAUGGUAAGGAUGUGACCAGCCAAAGUGUAGCCAAGGAUGUACCCAAGGGUGUGAUAUGCAAGGCAAAGGAUGUGAUCAAAGAUGUAGCCUUGGGAAUGACUAGUGAGGUCAAAGAUAUGUCCAAGGACAAUGAUGUGAGUGAUGUAGUGGAGGAAGUAGCCACGGGUGUGAUCAGGGACAAGGACGGGAUGACAAAGGACAUACAUUUAACUAAAGAGACAGAUUUGACAAGCAGGGAUAAAGAUUUAAUUAAAGAGAAUGCUGUGACUAGCAAGGAAAAACAUUUAGCUGAAGACAAGGAUGUGACUAGCAAAGACAAAGAUCUGACUAAGGACAAGGAUGUGAAUAAGGACAAGGAUGUGACUAAGGAUGUCACUAGCAAAGAUGUGGGUGAGGAAGUAGGUAACAACGUGGCCAAGGAGGGUACUUUCAUCUUCAAGGACAGGAAUCUGACCAAGGUCAAGGGUAUGACAGCAGAAGAGGAUGUAAUGAGUGAACAUCAGGAUGUGACAAAUGAUAAGGGUGUCAUCAUCAAGGAUAUGACUGUUGAUGUUACAAAGGACAAGGAUGUUACCCUGUUAAAGGGUGUUAUCAGCAAGGACAAUGAGGCCAGCAAAGCAGAUGUGGCCAGUGAGGACAACAAAAGGUACAAGGAUGGUGAAGGUCAGGGCAUCCACAGGAAGACUCGGAGGAAGCUGCAGAGGGUGAGCGGUAGUGAUGAGCAGGUACCUCAGCCUGAGUGUGCUGGCACUGAGGACACCAGGAGAACCACCAGGGCGAAUCAGUUGAAGAGAGCCAACAUGAAGAGGCAGAUGAGUUUUGAUCAGGAGGAGGCUAAGACAGUAGAUGAGGAGGACCCUUCAACUGCAGAGAAGAAGACCAAGAAGGAAUCAAAAGAACUUGACAGUUUUAGGAAGGGACUGAAAGACGAAGAAACAAGAAUGAGUGGGAAAGUUGGGAUGGAGCAGGUUAAAGAAGCUGGAGUGGCAGAAGAAAGUGGGGACACUAUGAUGAAGGCAUCUCAAGAGGAAGUGAAUGCUGAAGAUGAUUCUGUUGUUAUGAACAAACAGGUUGAGGAAACUGCUAAAGGAAAAGUUGAACAAGGAGAAAUUUCAUCUGACGUUGGACAUAAUGUUGAGCAAAUGGACCAAAAUGAAGAAUCUGUGACUUUGAAAGAGGUGUCGGUUGUCAGUCAGGAGAGUGUACAGGAAGAAGUUGACACAAGAGAUCGGUGUGAAAAGACCCAAGAUACUGACCAGAUGUCUGAUUCUGAUGAAGAUUCUGAUGAUGGAAGCAAGAGGAAACGUGUUGAGUCCCAAAAUUCAUUUGGUUUUACCGUCAGCAAUACUGAGACCACCAUCUCCACAGAAGGUCCUGGUCUCCUGGAUGCCUUGAGUCUGAUCCCAGAACUGCAGGAACUGGAUGAGGACACAUUUGCUGAGGACGUGAAGGAGCCCAAGUCCAUCAUGACAGGGCCUGGUUCACAGACUCCUGAAAGAGUCGCCUCCCUGAAAUUGUUGCUUACUACGCGAGGGAAGUUUUCCUCCAUUAGUGCCUUACUACAAGUGAGUUCUCUUUGGCGUCUGUAUCCACCGCCAACACCUCCACCAUCGCCAAUGAACUUUCUGCGUAUUCGGGAUCCUGUUUCACCGCUACCUCCAUCCCCAACAGGGCUUCUGGACGACCCCCUCCCUGUUAAAAUAGGAAAAUCAAAAGAAAGACUUUAA